UGUUCCUGCUCCAGCUGUGGGGGCUGCAAGCCCUGCUGCUCUUCAGGCUGCGGGUCUUCCUGCUGUCAAUCCAGCUGCUGCAAACCCUGCUGCUGUCAGUCUAGCUGCUGCAAGCCUUGCUGCAGUCAGUCCAGCUGUUGCAAGCCCUGCUGCUGCCAGUCCAGCUGUUGCAAGCCCUGCUGCUGUCAGUCCAGCUGCUGCAAACCCUGCUGCUGUGAGUCCAGCUGCUGCAAACCCUGCUGCUGUCAGUCCAGCUGUUGCAAGCCCUGCUGCUGCCAGUCCAGCUGUUGCAAACCCUGCUGCUGUCAAUCUAGCUGCUGCAAGCCCUGCUGCUCUUCAGGCUGUGGGUCUUCCUGUUGCCAGUCUAGCUGCUGUAAGCCCUGCUGCUGCCAGUCUAGCUGUUGCAAGCCCUGCUGCUGUCAGUCCAGCUGCUGCAAACCCUGCUGCUGUGAGUCCAGCUGUUGCAAGCCCUGCUGCUGUCAGUCCAGCUGUUGCAAUCCCUGCUGCUGUCAGUCCAGCUGCUGCAAGCCCUGCUGCUCCUCAGGCUGUGGGUCUUCCUGCUGUUAGUCCAGCUGCCGAAGCCAUCAUGCUAUGUCCCCAUGUUUCCAGUGCAAUACCUGAAGCUCUCAACUUGAUAUUGUCUUUCUGAACGAGCUUCCUCAGCUGUGUCCUUCAGUUUAUCACUGGGUCUUAGACUAUGAUGCAUGGUCCCUUAGUAUACCUGCUUCCCACAGGACCAAAUCAAUAUUGGCUUCCAGUUCCCAAGAAGAGGUCAUCUUCUCAUCAACUGUCUCCUAACAAAUUCUUUUCUGGCGUCAUACUACCUACAGUGUCCUCACCAUAGCCUGCCCACUUAGCCAUCUGAGCUCACGAGACUGUUUCUGCCAUUUCUUUUUUAUCUUGGCAGGAGUCAACCCUUGGUGGUGCUGCAAUAAGGUGAGUAUAAAGACGUUCUUGGACUAGUAUGCAGAGAAACAUCAACCUCUGCUUUCUCUCAAACUGAGUAACACAAACCAAUAAAAAGUAUCACAUGGACCAACUGUAA